UGUGGAGAAGGCGGCCGGCAAGUUAGUUGUUUUGAGAGAGUCCCUGGGCUGCUUGGCGUCGCUGCCGUAGGGUGGACGCCGGCCCUCGGGGCGAACGCCGGAGUACGGGUUCUUCGUGAAUACCAGCGAUGUCCUAUAAACUGUGUAGCUCAGGGACCGUCUAUCAAUCAUCGACGCUCACGCCGGCGUUAGUACAAGAAGCUGCCGCCUAAGAGAGAGUGGACCCCGGCACAUGGCGCGGUGUGGGGGGGACGCUGUCUCGAAAGGCACCAGCUGGGUCCCGGCAGCAGGCGGCGGGAGGGGGGCGUGGGAGCGGCAGAGGCUGAAGGAGAUGGUGGCUGAGCAGCUCCGUCAGGAUCUCGGCAGGCUUCUUAAAGAAGAAAUACAUGCAGAUGUCACUUUUUCUGUUGGUCAUACUCUAUUCAGAGCACAUAAAGCAGUGCUUUUAGCAAGAGUUCCAGACUUCUUCUUAUACUGUACCGGAAAACAAUUAACUAAUCUGAAAGACCAUGAAACUUUUAAUCUGGAGAACUUUGAGCCCUCAGAAUUUAAAACAUUUCUGCAGGUUGUAUAUUCGUCUGAUAAAAACAUUAGGGAAAUCGAGGAAGAAACUCUGAGGAAAAGAGUACUGGAGCCCAGACAAACACAGGAAAAUGAAAGCCUUACAUCUGGUGGUCUUCAAAACACUCAAAUAUCAGGUGUAAAAUGCAUUGGAAGUGAUAAAACGUUUGUUAAUCAGCAUUUUCUGGACGGAGCCAUAGAAAGAGAAUUUGUUUGUUCACCUAAUACUGAAGAUGAAAUUAUAGAAGCCAGUCAUGCUGAAGGCAAUGUAACUAAGCCAGGUAAUUCUGAACUAGAAACCGCAUCUGGGUUAGGAGAAGAUUUAAUGAUGCUCUACAAGAAAUGUUGUUGUCCAGAUAUUAAUAUUUGGAUAGAAGGCAACCAGUUUCAAGCUCACAGGGCCAUUUUAUGUGCCAGAUCUAGUUACUUUGCUGCUAUGCUGACUGGAAGUUGGGCUGAAAGCUCCCAAGAGCACAUCACUCUUCAAGGCAUAAACCAUGUAGAAAUGAAUGUCCUAUUGUAUUUUAUAUAUGGAGGAAUGCUGGACUUCCCAAACAAAGCUGAUGCUGGUCGAAUACUCAGCGUUGCUGAUAUGUAUGGGCUAGACGGACUGAAAGAAGUAGCUAUCUAUAUUCUCAAAAGAGACUACUGCAAUUUUUUUCAAAAGCCUAUUCCUGGAAGGCAGCAACAUGUGCUAGAAUGCCUAGCUAUUGCUCAUUCAAUGGAAGUCGAGAACCUUUAUGCUGCUUGCAUGAAAUGGAUAGUAAAAUAUUUUGUGAAAUGUUGGUCAGAGAGGAGCUUUGCCAGUUUACCCACUGAACUUCAGAACAACUGUCUUACUGUGAUAAUUCAGUCUUUGAACCACAAGAAUGCAGCUUCCCUUUUGAUGGAAAGUGACCGGCUGCUCAGUAGUCUUCCCCAAGUGAAAUGGUCUGAAACGGCUAUGGCCUUGGCAUCUAGGCUUCAAGAAGAAUGCAUAACAUUUAUUGUAACAAACUUCCCUCAUAUAAUAGAGAGUGAAAGUUUUCAUAUUUUCUUGCAGGCACAAGCAAUGAGCAGCAAACCUGAUCUUCUAGAACAAGUUUUAAAAGCAAUUGAGAAAAACAUUAGCAUUGAAAACAGUUGCUUUCUUCUUAUAGCUGUGGAUACUUUGUUGAGCUCCACAAAUGUGAAGGAAAUGGGUUUUACGUGCAAGAUCCAGGCUCUGCGUGAUAAGCUGUGGAUCUUCCUGGUUCAGUCUUUUUAUGCUGUUCGUCACACAGAAAGCUGGAAGCUGAUGAGACCAGAUCAUCAAGAGAAAAUACAAGCAGCUGCUUUUGACAAAGGGGAUGAUCGAAGACUUGGCAAAAAACCUGUAUUCACUAGUUCUCAGCUAAACAGACGCAUUACUGACUCUGUUGAUAUAAAGCACACUUCCUGGAAAGUAAAAGGCAAGAGAAAUUAUUGUGGCAGUUCCUUCACUAAUCAGGAUAAAAUGAAAUCUGAUGGAUUAGGAGCAUCUGGACAUACAUCAAGUACCAACAGAAACCCUGCUAAUAAGACUUCAAAACAUGAUGACUUAAAGGGAAAAGAUAGUAAGAAAACAGUUUCCAAGAUUACAAAAGAUUCAAAAACUGGGGAAAAAGUUGCUUCACCAAAGGCUAGAGCUGUCAUAAAGCCAAAAAUAGAAAGUAAUGGAAAUGCUAAGGCUGAAAGCUUGAUUACCAAACAAGAUUCAGAAAGGUCAUCAUCUGCAAGUGGGCAAAAAAAUUCUGGAAGUGGAAAAGGUGUAAAAAAUCAGGAAGGAAAAAGUUCAGGUGCCAGACCUAAAGUACUUACUGGAAGCCCAAGUGUGCAAAUCAAAACAAAGCCAUUGAAGAAAACCACAGGGAAAGAAUCACCCUCUCUAGUAACAGAGACCGGAACUUUCAGCAAGUUGUCAAACUCAAGUACAGAUUUACAGAUUUCCAAUGAACAACUAGAUGAACCCAAAGAGGAUAAACCAGUAGAUGAAGCAAAAAAACAUAACGCAAUGAAAACAAAGUCUGUUUUGAAGAUGACUAAUGGAGCCACCAACAAAAAAGCUAGUGAACUUGAGACUAACAUUACAACAAAUAGUGUGACAAAAAAACCCACUGGAAAAGGACACAAUGAACAAAGUCCACAAACUGUUUUGAAGAAAAAGGGAAAUGUGAGUGGCAAUUCUGCAGCUCAGCAGAAGACAAAGAAUGUACCAGCUAAUGUUGCUAAAAACCAAGGACCACAAGGAGAUUCACAAAAUUCAUUAAAAUCUGGAAUGUCUCCAAAACAAAAUGAAGGAAAAAACAUGAUGCAAAAUUUGUCUCAGACAACACUUUCAGAAAAACAACCUUCAUCUAAGAAAAAGAGUAUUAAACAGUCACAAACAUCUGCAGUUAAAGCCACUGCAAAAAUAAUAACACCCAAAAAUCAGACGCAUUCAAAGAAAGGUGAGACUAUAAACAGUAAAGACCCAAAACAGAAAAUAGUUACUGGGCAGCCUAUAUCAAAAGCUCAAUCUUCAACACAAAGACAUUCAAGAAGUGAAUCUCCUGUUGUCCAGAAAAACGUGCAUAGUCCUGAACAGAAAAUUUCAGAACAGAAACUUGAACAUACAUCUGCUGCUUUUGCAAUUCAGCCACACGACAAUAACAAAUGCAGCCCUGCAAAACAAAGUAAGUGUGAAAAAUCUAUGAUAGAAUGUAGCACAGGAGACCUACUCAUGGAAUCAUGGCAACCUGAUCCAAGAAAAUUAUUGGAUCCUCUUGAAAAUGGGGAAUACAAAGUAGAAACCAAACCUUUUUGUACUCAAGUUAGAGGACAAAAUGUUCCUAAGCUGAAUAUUUCAAUGCAAAAUGAAAUGGAAUCAAAACAGGUUUGUGAAGAUGAAAUUGAAAUUGCAUAUCUUGUAGAUAAAAACAAAGAUGAUGGUAAUACAACUGAAUUUAAUUGUUAUACAGAGCCUAGUAGAAAUGCAUACUCCGUCAUUUGCAAGAAUACUGACCAAAAACUCCCUACUUCAGUUUCAGAAGAAAGAUUGAAAAAGUGCAAAACUGUUUGUGAUUCAGCUCAGAAAUACUUGGGAUAUUCAGGAAACAGCAAAGUAUGUUUAACACACACAAUAGAAGACUGUGUGGAACAAAAUGAUACCUUAAAUGCUGAAAUGGGCAUUAAUUAUGGAGAAGAUCACUUACCCAGCUUUUCUAAGGUAAUGAAUGCCUCUAAUUCAGAACAAGAUGAAAGAAAAUCCUCUAAGACUCAUGUAAAGGGAUUUGCAAGUGCUGGUCAAUUGUCUGAUAAAUCAGCCUUGACCGAAUACAGGUCUGCUACAGUAGACUCAGAUGCUGCUUCAAAAUGUUUCACAGGACAGGUUACAGAAAAAUGUUCACCUAAAGAUAUGGAUACUACAGAAACACCAGAAAGCCAUGAAAAUUCAGAAACUCCCUUUGUGGAUCGUUGGAAUUUGAGUACAGGUAUGUUGGAUCCAAAAGAGAGUCCUGAAUCUGAUACCGGCAGUGCAACAACAUCUUCUGAUGAUAUCAAACCGAGAUCAGAAGACUAUGAUGCUGGAGGCUCUCAGGAUGAUGAAGGAUCAAAUGAGAGAGGGAUUUCUAAAUGUAGCACUAUGUUGUGCCAUGAUUUUCUUGGAAGAAGCAGCAGUGAUACAAGUACACCUGAAGAACUAAAAAUCUAUGACAGUAGUCUAAGAAUAGAAGUGAAAAUGAAAAAAGAGGGUUCGGAUCUUUUUCGUGUUAAUUCAACAAGUGAUGAUGAGAUACCAAGAAAAAAACCAGAAGUGUGGUCAAAUCAAGGUGUAUUAAGGGUCAAUACUAGGGAAAAUGAAAACACUACUUUUGGUAGCACACAAUUUACUCAGGAAGCAGACCAAGUUUCCUCUUCUGCAGAUGAAACGGAAGAAGAAAAAUCUGAAGCAGAAAAUGUAGUAGAAAGCUUUCCUCCAUCUGACCCUCCUGCUCAGCCAUUCCAAGGAAUUGUUAAUUUAGCUUUUGAAGAUGCAACAGAGAAUGAUAUUGAAAGUCAAGAAUUUUCUACAACUAAAAAAUUUAAGCGAUCUGUUUUACUUUCAGUAGAUGAAUGUGAAGAGUUGGGAUCUGAUGAUGGAGAUGCUCAUGCUCUCCUUCGGCAUUCCAUAGAUUCCCCUACUCCUUCUGAUGUUUUUGAUAGUGUAUCUCAGGAGCAUCAUGAAAAGACUUAUUAUUCAAGGUAUUCAUUGGAAACUGAAGAUGGAUUCCUGGAGUGCAAACAGCAAGAAAAGGAUAGAAGUGAGAGAUUAGAUAAAAGUGAGCACUUUUUUCUAGAGCCUCAUAGCACAGAAAUCAAAGGAAAAGAUAAUCAGGGUGCUUCAGUGACAGAACAAAAUUGCCCAGAGAAAGUACUGUCAGUAGCAGAUAGUCAGUGUUCAAUAGACGAGCAAAAGGUAAAUAGUAAGAAUGAAGAGAUUAAUGAAAUUCAACAGUGCAAUAAACUUUCAGACAAUGACACGAAGUCUCAAGAAAGACCAUGUCAUUUGGACCUUCAUCAAAGAGAUACUAAUUGUGACAUGCAAAAGAAGAGUUCUGCAAAACCUGUAAAACUCUGUAAGAAUCACUUACUGACUCUGGAAGGUCAAGUGAGAGAGUGUCAGCGAGCACCUACUGAACACACUAAUACUGAUUUACCUGCAGGAGACAUAGAUGAUUGUGACGUAUUGGCACAAACCUGCAUGUAUGAGCAUCGACCUUCAAAAACCCUUUCUCCAAUAUAUGAGAUGGAUGUUGGAGAAGCUAUUGAGCAAAGGAUGGAGUCAGAAAGGGACAUUCUAGAUGUGGAUUUUGAAGAUCAGCAAUUUGCAGAACAGGACUGGACUCUUCUCAGGCAAUUGUUAUCUGAGCAGGACUCAAACAUUGAUUUCAAAAACUCUGUUCCUGAAGACCUUAACUUAGCACAAUAUCUUAUCAAUCAGACACUACUUCUGGCACGAGAUGGUUCAAAGCCUCAGGGUAAAUCACACGUUGAUACUUUCAGUAGAUGGACUGAACUAAUGUCGCCACUGGAUGAUUCUUCAGCAAGUAUCACAGUGGCGAGCUUUUCCUCUGAAGAUUGUUCUUCUCCUCAAGGGGAGUGGACAAUUCUUGAACUGGAAACCCAUCAUUAAAGUGAUCAAGUGUUUGAAAAUGGACUCCAACCCCUACCCCAAAUCUAUUUUUUGAUGCAUUGUUUCCAUACAAUAAUGAAAUACUGCAUCAGUUAGAACAGCCAAUUCUUGAUACUGAGGCAAUGUUUCCAAUAUAUUGAGGUAAAUACUGUUAAUUUAUAACCUAGCUUUAGUCACAAAUAGAAUAAUUUUUCAAAGCUGAAAUAGAUGUUUUUCUAAAAUCAACUUUGAGCAUGUAUUUUCUAGAAUUGUUAGAAAAAUUAGACGACUUGCAAGAAGAACCUUGGUUUAAACUCCAUCUUCUAUCCCCUUUCUGUCGUUUGUUAAUAUAGUCUUUAUUGAGCAUGGAUUUUAACAUGUGACUGCACAAGAAGUAGCACCUUUUUUUCAUUUUUGCUCUUCAUACGGUGAUUUUUCAACAAUAAAAGAUUGAGCAGUUGUGUUGAAAGGUGUUGUGUUCCAACAGUACUUUAAAUGCUAGAAAUUUAUAUUUGCAUUUACAGAAUGUAAAAAGUUUUAGACUCUAUUUGCAUAAGCCGCUUGUUCAGUUUGUUUCCACCAGAUUGAUUUUGUAUAUUUUUUGUUUGUAUUGAAAAUUUUCAGUAAUUGUUUUUAAAUUGUCAUUUAUUUAAAUACAAGACUGCAGAGGUAGUGUAAGAAUGGUACAGUUCCUCUCUUGGGAACACAAAUAUAUCCCCUUACUUCAGUAAAUAAUGGCCUGGUGUAUGAAUCAGAAUGCUAAGCCUGUUCUGAAAUACUGUGUCUAACAGCUCAAGAAGUAGAUUGUCUGAAGUUUUAGCAGUGGCACUCUUGCCUUCUUCACUUUAAAAGUCCAUGUUUGAAGUGGAAUUUUAGUUGUGCUACAACUCAAGAUACUUUUGUGCCCUUCCCCUACUGUCUAAGUCAUAACUAGUUUAUUGGGGUUUUCAAAAUCCCUGUGCGUCUUCUAUCUUUGUGAGAGUAUUAGGGUUUUUGCUGUCUCUUUUUUAAUCUCAUAAUGCCUCUAAAAAUUUCCUUAUGGAGGCCCAGUGUCUCAUCCUCUUGAUUAAGGAAAACCAAGACGGAAAUGCUUCUCACCAUGUCUGCUCUGCUCAUUCUGCUGCUAAAGAUGGCAGUUAAAUGACAUGAGCAGGGCUUUUUGUUGUUGUUUUUGGGGAUGGGAGUUAAUAAGGGGGAUACUUUCCAGGUGAAGGAUAUUGGACCAUAUUCCUCAUGCCAUACUGAGGCAAAAACGCAGCAAUAAGGAUAGUCUUAUGUAAACUAUACAAUAUUGCUUCUGCAGAGCCCCUCCUGUUAAUGACCAACAGGAGAUGUGCCUUCAAAUGGGAGUGCUACACUGCAGUAACAAAUUACUAAAAUGGUGGUUUUAAAAAAAAAAAAGACUUUUUUUUUUACCAAAAGCCUAACUUGCACUGGUUAUAGCCAAGGAUAAUACAGGCGGGUGUUUUGCAAACUUUUGCACAAUUCUGCCAAUGCACCUUAAUCCUGGUCUGCAGGCAUUCCUGUUAUCUUAAUCCUAUGCUGUUUAUAGGCAGAGACUGACCGGAGUCUUGAAUUGUGAAGUCGCUUUGAGAUGUGGCUAAGCAGUGACUGCUAAACUAACUUUCACUUUUGACCUAAUCAGCAUUUUGAUCUCAGAACUCAUGACUUGGAAAGGCUGCUAUACACUGACUUCAGUGUCUGUCAAUACAAUCAACAUUUUAUUGAAGCAGAACUAUAAAUUGACAGAGGAAGAAUUUUACUUUUUUUUUUUUUUUAAAUACAGGUUAAAGGAAAGACAUUAAUCUCCCCUUCAUGUGUGUGCCCAUGAUACUUAGAAGGGAGUUCAGUCUUGGCUGCGUACCCAUCCCCAGCUUUCUUACAGAGGAUCCUCCCCAAGGGUUCCUGUGAGGAGGCUAGGGGCAUCAGUUGGACUCCUGGAUAUCCUGUCCUAAACCACAAAGGAAGCAGCAUAAAUUAAUACAGCCUGAGUUUGUGCAAGCUCAGCAUCUUACACACUGUAGGCUGUAUUUGCUACAUUAUCCACAUUUGGUGGAUGGGGGAGGGGAGAUUGCUGCAGCUAGGGGAACUCCCAAAAGCAAAUCUCCUCCAAGAUCAGGAGAGAGACCCCAUUUACCUCCUCCAGUUCUGAGAGGAGCACAGAUAUUGGAGCAUCUGUGGGAUAAGGGAAAACCACCAUUGUCUUCUAUAGAGGGGUUCAAAGAACUCAAAAUAGAGAUGAAACUCAGGUUUCUCACCCCAGCAUGGUUAUUCCCAUGUAGGAGACAUAAGGACCAUGGAAGGUAUAAAAUAAAAACAUUUAAUGAACUCUAAAUUGAUGACGGCACAAGAGGGUAUUAAUUUUUACACAAAGUAAUAUGGGAGAAGAAAAGGUAAAAGAUCAGGAGAGUAGACAGAGAAUGAAAGAGAAGGAUCCUUCUGCGCUCUCUCCCCUUUCCUUUAUAUUUUCUUGUUUUCUUCAAGUGCAGCACAUAACUGAAAAGUGACUGUGAAAAAUGACGUGUUUCCCUGUUUGUGUGUCUGACUCACAGAUCAAAUAUGUUUGUUACAGUUAAAAUGAUGUGGGUUUUAUGUUUUUGUUUUCUUCUGAAUACCAGCUCUCAUUUUUCAGGCUAGAAUUUGAAAGUCAACCUGUGUUAUUUUCUCAGGUCCUCAGUGACAUAGGUACAACUUCUUCAAUGGAUUGGAACAGGUGUAACUAAGUGGAAUUCAGUAAAAAUUUUGUCAAUGCACAAGAAAUAAUAGAAUCCAGCUCUCUCUCAGCCAUGUUGGCUCUGCAAAGCCAACGGGAGUAAAAAGUAGUAAUAUUAUUCAUUAUCUGUAUUGCCAAAGUGCCUAGGAGCCCUAGUCAAGGACCAGGACCCUGUUGCGCUAGGUCUUAUACAAACACAGAACUAAAAGACAGAUUGUAAGUUCUUUGGGGUACAGACUAUGUAAGACAAAAGAUUGAUAUAGACAGGGAAUACAAGAAAAUGAUGAGAGCAGAUAAACUUCUGUCUCUGUGACAGGGGAAGGAGGGAGAGAAUUGGAGGAGAAGAGGAAAGGGAAGGUAAACCAAGGGGAUGGGGAAAGUCACGUAUUUUGUCAACUUUUUCUUGGAAGAACUUAUUGCACUAAGCAGAACUGAAGACAAAAAAUUACAGGAAUUCAGGGCAAGUGGCUCUGUAACAAAGCUGGUGGUGACUAGACGGGACUAGAGGUGGGAAAUGGGCUUUUAAAAUGACAUCCAUUAUGACUAGAAGCUUUUAUCUCUUGCAGAAAUUUUGUAACUGUUUUCAUGAAUCUAUUGUUGAUGACAAGCUGUGGUGGAGGAUUCUACAGCAGAAUUAGAAACACUGCUGUUUUAACUGCAAAAAAUUCUAUACCUAUUUCAGUUAGUAUCCAGACUCCGGCCAUGGGGUGUAUUUCAGGGAGCUGAACUCGGUGCACUGGAAAAUGAACUUCUUUAGAGGAAUAGUCAACUUAAAAACUAAAAACAAACAAAAAACCCACUUCCAUCUGAAAUUUUUUUCCUACUGUUCUUACCUGUGAUUGCUAAUAAUUGAAAGAGCCUGGAACAGAAAGUACAACUCUUUUGACCUUUCAUUUGACAGCCCUCUGUAUACAUUCAGUUUCACAGUUUCCUCUGUGAAGUCAGGCCACAAUCUUGCAAACAUUUAAGCACAGGCCUAUGUUUGAACUACUCGUAUAAGUGAAGUUAAGCACAUGACGUAUUUGCAUGAUUGGGUCCUUAAUCAUUUCUCCGUGUUUUUCUUUCAUCCGUUGUGUAGAAAGAAUUGCACAAACAUGUUUUAAAAUUCAUGAAGUGUUUGCAAAAUCACAAAAAUUGGCAGGGGAACUCAAAAGUGGGUGUAAUACCUGAAACUAUUUUUAAUUACCAAUGGGAUCCUGAUUGGACUCUCUGGGUGCCACGAUAGUAUAAAUCAGGGCUAGGCAACCUAUGGCAUGGGUACCGAAGGCGGCACGCGAGCUAGUUUUCAGUGGCACUCACACUGCCCAGGUCCUGGCCACCAGUCUGGCAG